CUGGAGAAAGCUGACAUCGGGGCACUGAGCCCUGAACAGCAGGAAAAACUGCGCCAGUUUAAGAUCAAGACAAGAAUAGCAAAUGAAAUGUAUCUGAGAGCUCAUCCAGAAGUGGAAAUGCUGCUGGAUGAUUUUCUAAGAAUCUUCCGCCAAAACAUGGAUGCAGCAGGAGAACGGAGAAAACGCAGAACCCGGAAGUCGACGCCAACCGUCCCCGCUAUGGACUCAGUCCAAUUACCACAAUGGACAUUUAUGGAGCUUCCUGAUCCAUUUGACGGAUUUUUCGUGCCCCAGAAUAUUUUCUGGUAGACUGUCGAUUCUAUUUCUCCAGCCUGUUAGACCCUAAGCCAGAGGAGAAGCAAUGGCUCCGAUUCAUGUGGUCCCGGUUCUUUGGACCGGCCCGUCAGUGGGUGCAGCUCCAACUGGAUAAGCACUGUAGGAACCUGUAGAACAGUUUGUGGGGGAGUUCAUGAUGCGAUUCGGGAGUCCGGAGGCGAGGGUCGAGCUAGAACAACUUUUCAGGGGGGUAAGUCUGGCAGGCAAACCUGCUCUGCCGUUUACCCACUAUGACAGGCAAACUCAUGCAGAGCCCUAGCCGGAGGUUAACCUGGCGACCUCUGAGCUCGAACCUGAGACCCACGAGGUGGGCUCACCUGCCGAGCUCCAGUCAGAGGUCAACAGGGAGGCUCCAGCACCAGAGCUCAACCCUGAGGUCCAAGUCCAAGUCAAGUUUCAAGUCCCUGAGGUCCAAGUCCAGUCUCCAGUCUCUGAAGUCCAGGUCAAGUCUCAGGUUCCUGAUGUCACACCCAAGUCUAUCGAUACGGCCGACCAAGUUCUGCUCAAGCCCGAGUCUGCCGACCCGGCCGACCAAGUUCUGCUCAAGCCCGAGUCUGCCGACCCGGUCGCCCAAGUUCAGCCCACGCCCAAGUCUACCGACCCGGUCGCCCAAGUUCAGCUCACGCCCAAGUCUACUGAUCUGGCCGACCAAGUUCUGCUCACGCCUGAGUCUACUGAUACGGCCGACCAAGUUCUGCUCACGCCCAAGUCUAACGACACGGCCAACCACGUUCUGCUCAAGCCAGAGUCUACCGCCCCGGUCGCCCAAGUUCAGCCCACGCCCAAGACUACCGACACGACCACCCAAGUUCUGCCAAAGCCUGAGUCUGCUGACACGCACAGCCAAGUUCUGCUCACGCCCGAGUCUGCUGACACGCACAGCCAAGUUCGGCUCACGCCCGAGUCUGCUGACAAGCACGGCCAAGUACUGCUCACGCCCGAGUCUGCUGACACGCGCGGCCAAGUACUGCUCACGCCCAAGCCUGCUGAUACGCAUAGCCAAGUUCUGCUCAUGCCUGAGUCUGCUAACACGCAUAGCCAAGUUCUGCUCACGCCCGAGUCUGCUGACACGCACAGCCAAGUUCUGCUCACGCCCGAGUCUGCUGACACGCACAGCCAAGUUCUGCUCACGCCCGAGUCUGUUGACACGGACAACCAAGCUCUGCUCACAUCCCAGUCUGCUGACAUGACCAGCCAAGUUCAGCUUGCAGGCUCCGCUGAGUACGUCGCUCUGCCUUCCUGCUCAGCCGAGGACGUCGCUCUGCCUUCCUGCUCAGCCGAGGACGUCGCUCUGCCCUCCAGUUCAGCCGGGGACGUCGCUCCGCUUUCAUGCUCUGACGAGGACGUCGCUCUGCUUUCCUGCUCCGCCGAGGACGUCGCUCUGCCUUCAUGCUCCGCCGAGGUCGUUGCUCAGCCUGCCUGCCUGGCUGUGGUCGUCGCUCCGCUUUCAUGCUCCGCCGAGGACUUCGCUCAGCCUGCCUGCCCGGCUGUGGUCGUCGCUCCGCUUUCAUGCUCCGACGAGGACAUCGCCCUGCUUCCCUGCUCUGCUGAGUACAGCGCUCUGUUUCCCUGUUCAGCCGAGGAUGUCGCUCUGCUUUCCUGCUCCGCCGAGGACGUCGCUCUGCCUUCAUGCUCUGCUGAGGACUUCGCUCAGUCUGCCUGCCCUGCUGUGGUCAUCGCUCCACUUUCAUGCUCCGCCGAGGACUUCGCUCAGCCUGUCUGCCCGGCUAUGGUCGUCGCUCUGCCUUCAUGCUCCGCCGCGGACUUCACUCAGCCUGCCUGCUUGGCUGUGGUCGUCACUCUGCCUCCCUGUUCAACCAGGGACGUCGCUCUGCUUCCCUGUGCCGCCAAGAACACCGUGCGGUUUCCUGGCUCUGCUUCGGACAUUCAGCCCAGGGGGUCGGGGCCGCCAAUGAAAUGGGAUGACUCAUGGCGCUCCGGGAGGAGUGCCUUUGGGGAGGGUUCUGUCAUGAUUCCCCCUUGAAGCAGCGUGCUCUAAGCGCGAAUGCGCGAGCACCUGCUUUUCCAUUGUUGACAGUAGUGACAUCUGGACACGUGUGUUUUGUUUGUUUGUCAUGUCUCCUCCCUGUUCUGUCAUUGGCUGGGAUUUCACGUGUGUCUGUAUUGCCCUCAGCUGCUAGCAGUUUAGACGCUGAUCAUGUCCCCAUAUAUACCGCGCGCGUCCCAGCACAAGGCGCGGAAGAUUAUCGUAGAGUUAGAUUAGUUCAUAUAGUAGUCAUAGUCACGUUCCAUGUUUAGAGUUAGUUCACGCUGGGUUAUCCGCUCCCAGUUCCUCAUCAUAGUUCAUGUUUCUCGUUUUGUUUAUCGACCCUGUUUUCCGUGACCACGACCUUGAUCCAUGUUUAACCCUGUGUAUGCCUGUUUGCCGAUCGCCUGACCUUCGCCUGUUUAGGAUUACGUUUUUGGAUCACGUUUUGGAUUUGUCUGCCUGUCUCUCUUUUAAAAUAAACAACUGUUCAUACUGCAAUUGCAUCUGUCCUAUCUCCGCUCCGUCACGAUACGUGACAAUUGUAAAGACCCACGAGCAGGAUGUCAACAACUCCGAAGAUCGUCUCUUAAGUCCGAGGGUUCUUUAGGAGGUAGGAAAAACAUUUAAAGAUGAUGUUUUAAAAGAAACAGGUGUUUCGUCCAUAAUGGUAAAAAAAUGGUUGUACUCCAAUGUGAAAUAAAUUGGUGGAAAAAUAAAAAAUAUUUAAAAAAUAAAAUAAGUGAAGUUAUUAGGAGAAAUGAACGACUGCAUUAAUACAUCCACGUAUCAUAGCUAAUACACCAUCAUUCGAUACACUUUCUUAAAUCAUCCAGAUUCACCUAAACCAUACUUGCGCUUUAAAAUCAAGCAAUACUUACCACAAAAAAAACAAUUUCAGAAUCAAUUAAUCACUUAUACCACAAAAUGUAUACGUCGUGUGUGGGUUAAAACUGUAAAAAGCAAGGUUUACACCAAACUCUCUAACAAAAUCAUGUCCUAAGCAUUUUCUGAUAACAGAGGGUCAUAAAUCAUCAGUCAAUUUGACAUAACUAUUUACAUGCAAGAAAAACCUCAAACAUCUUGCAACUGAAAGAAUAUUGCAUGGAAGAGUGGUCAAAAAUUCCAGCAAGCCUGGUGGACAAUUAUGCAAAACGCCUACAAUAAGUUAUUUCUGGUAAAGGGGACAAUACUAGCUUCUGAGGCCAAGGGUGUACUUACUUUUCCACGAAAUAAUGUCACAUCUAUUGAUAUUUCUGUUGAAUAAAUGAUUGUGUUGAUGAAGUACUUAUUUUUUCACAUCACUGUAUAUAAUAGGAACACCUGUAGACUUGAUCAUUUAUGCAGAUUUCCAAUCAGCCAAUCAUGUGGCAGCGGCACAAUGCAUAAAAUCAUUGAGAUACAGGUCAAGAGCUUCAGUUAACGUUCACAUCAAACGUCAGAAUGGGGGAAAAGUGACUUUAAUUGUGGCAUGGAUGUUUGUGCCAGAUGGGCAGAUGAGUUUGAGAA